AUGGGAUUAUUCGACAGUGUUAAAGACAAAUUGGGCGACGAGAACUUCAGAAACCAGGUCAAGGACCAGGCUACUGACGCUUACGGAAAGUUCAAGAACAGAGGUGGCAAUGACAGCAGCAACUCUGAUUCUUACGGUUCGAGCGGAAACUCCGACUCUUACGGUUCGAACUCCAACAAGGACUCGUACGGCUCGUCUAACAACGACUCUUACGGAUCUGGCUCCAGAAACAACAACGAUUCUUACGGAUCUUCUAACAACGACUCGUAUGGUUCUUCGAACUCUGAUUCUUACGGAUCUGGUUCUAGAAACAACGACUCUUACGGUUCCUCGAACUCCGACUCGUACGGCUCCGGUUCCAGAAACAACGACUCGUACGGAUCUUCCAACAACGAUUCUUACGGUUCCUCGAAUUCUGACUCCUAUGGAUCUGGCUCGAGAAAUAACGACUCUUAUGGAUCUGGCUCGAGAAACAAUGACUCCUACGGAUCUGGAUCCAGAGGUGGCAACGACUCUUACGGAUCCAACAACGACUCUUACGGCUCCGGCUCCGGCUCCAGAGGCGGUAACGACUCCUACGGCUCUGGUAACGACUCUUACGGAUCUGGUUCCGGCUCUUACGGUGAGACAGCGAUCAAACGCAAACUGACCUCCGAGUUCUCUCCGUCGCACCUGACUAUUGCGAACGACUCGCACAAGCAUGCGCAUCACGCGGGGCUUCGUGGAGCGUCGAAUGUGACAGAGUCUCAUUUCCGUAUAACCAUCGUCAGCAACAAGUUUGAAGGAAUCGCACUUCCAGCCAGACAUAGGCUGAUCUACAAGUCGUUGGACCACGAACUAAAGAACGAAGGUGUGCAUGCUUUACAACUAAAAACAAAAACCGAGGCAGAAUGGAGCCGUCAGCAAUAA